AUGUAUAAUGCUAUAUAUAUAUCUGAUGAUAAUUCUGAUGAUGAAAUCCCUACCCAGCAAGCUAUUCAGGAAAGCUUACAAGAUAUGCAUAAAAAUGAAACAAGUGCCAAUGCAACAGAGGAUGAAAGUUUCCAGUUUGUUGCCAGUAAAGAACAUGGAAUGAUAAUUGCAGCAAUUCGCACAGGCCAAGAAGAGGUCCUGAAGAAGCUGGUGAGGCACAGUUCUGCUUUUGAGGAGGCAGAUCAGCAAGGCUGGCUUCCCGUGCAUGAAGCUGCAUCACAGCUUAAUAUGAACAUCCUUGAAAUAACGUUCAAAGCCUCCCGUGCCAUUACGUGGGAACAGACCACACUUAAAGGGGAAACACCUCUCUUGGUGGCAGUAAGAAAUUGCUUUGUAGACCAUGUCCGCUUUCUCCUGUUCAAUGGCUGCAAUCCCAAUGUUAAGAAUGAAGAGGGAGAUUCUCCUUUAGUUGUAGCAAUUAAAUACAAUUCAUAUGAGAUUGCCACCUUGUUGAUAAAUUCUGGUGCAAAAGUGAAUUUGCAGUGUGUCCACAAGAGGACUGCUUUGCAUGAAGCAGCCAGACUAGGCAGAAAGGAUCUGGUGAAGCUUCUGCUUCGUUCUGGAGCAGAUCCUGACCCUCGCAGUGGAUAUGGGCUCACACCUCUUGCACUGGCUGCACAAGCUGGACACACAGAAAUCAUAGAACUCUUAUUGCAAAAAGGUGCUGAUGUUCUUUCACAGGCAAUGGACUGUUCUUCUGUAUUAUUUGAAGCAGCAGGAGGAGGAAAUCCCGAUUCCCUGAGCCUUUUGCUACAAUACGGGGCUGAUGCCAAUGUACCAAAGCACUCAGGUCAUUUGCCAAUCCACAGAGCUGCAUAUAGAGGACACUUUCUUGCCUUAAAGAAUUUAGUUCCAGUUACUAAUUUUGAUGCCAUUAAAGAAAGUGGAAUAAGUCCGAUUCACUCAGCAGCAGCAGGAGCUCAUCCUCAGUGCCUUGAGUUUCUUCUGAAAUCUGGGUUUGAUGCCAAUUUUAUGUUGGAUCAAAGAAUUCGCAAAGGGUACGAUGACCGCCGGAAAUCAGCGUUAUACUUUGCUGUUUCAAAUGGGGAUAUCUGUUCAACACAGCUGCUGCUGAAUGCUGGAGCCUUGCCAAACCAAGAUCCUAUCAACUGUCUGCAAAUAGCCUUGAGAAUGGGCAACUAUGAGUUGAUGAAUCUACUGCUCCGACAUGGGGCUAAUGUCAAUUACUUCUGCAGAGUGAAUACAACGCAUUUCCCAUCAGCUCUACAGUAUGCUUUGAAAGAUGAAGUCAUGUUGAGAAUGCUGAUGAACUAUGGCUAUGAUGUGCACAGCUGCUUUGAUUGCCCUUGGGGAAACACUUCCCAUUCGCAGUACGUGACUGAUGGAUGGACUUCUACUGUUAUCAAAGAUACAACGUUCUGUGAAGUGAUAACCUUGUCAUGGCUGAAGCAUCUUUCUGGGAAAGUGGUGAGAGUAAUGUUAGAUUAUGUCGAUCACGUUAACAUCUGCUGGAAGCUAGAAGCAGUUCUCAAAGAACAGGAACUCUGGGCAGACAUCAAUUCAAUUUUAACAAAUCCUCGCUCUCUAAAGCACCUUUGUCGUCUGAAGAUACGGGAAUGCAUGGGUCGGUUGCGUCUCCGUUGUCCUGUCUUCAUGACCUUCCUUCCACUGCCAAACUGCCUGAAAGACUACAUACUAUACAAGGAGUAUGAUCUUUAUGGACAGAAAAGCUUCCUAGGAACCUCCAACCUCAACUGCGCUUAAU